AGCUCUAGCACGUGGUGGCCUGGCCUCUCAAAAGGGAAUUUUCAAAGGAAAUAAACGAAACCAACGAAUUUAAAGCGAAGGAACAGCGGAUCUUUCGGGGAGGAGACGGGCGGCGCGAAUGGGACGCCAUGCCAGCGAAGAGAAUGACGGCCAGCACAGCAGCAGCAUCGUCCAUUCCGGGAGGUAGUGCAUCUACCACGACUAAUAAUGUCAGUAACGGCAGCAAUCUGGCACCGGGAGCCGGGGCACGCCCACUGGAGACGCUGAACGGGAUGACCAGAUUGACGCCCGCCCGGGACUUGACACUUGGCGGUCGUGGCGCCGCGGCAGGAGGCAACAAAAAGGUGUUUGCCCCCAACUUGAAUGCGGUGCGAAAUAAAAAUACCAAUGUGAAGACCUCCAAGGACACAACCCAGCCCAGGGGGGGACGUCGCGGCGGCCGGGGAAACGGUGCAGGAGCAACACGUGGUCGUGGUGGAAAUUCGUCUAGUGGCGGUGGUGGUGGCAACUCAACACUGAUUCAAACCCAGGGCCUUUUCUCCGAGGGAGCGGGUGAUGUCCACGUACGCCGAUCAACAGGGAAUGGCACAGCCUAUGCCCGAGCAGGCGAGGAGGUGGCGGUGGCCAGGAAACGAGUGGAUCGCAAGGACGAUAGGGCACAGGCUCAGAGAAUAAACGAGCUGCUGGGCGAGUCGGAUGACAGCGAUGCGGAGCCCAGUGACGAGGAGGACAAUAAGACUGAGAUGGCCCUGAAGCCCAUCCUGCUAAAGGAGGGUCUUUGGAGCAACCAGGCACUACCGUUGGUCAAGCAGGAAGUACCUAGUUCAUCUCCAAACCGAGAAACGUUAGCGGUGGCUCAGCACCUGCAGCAGUUGCAUGUGGCUCGAAUGGAGGAGCCACCCCUACAGUAUGGACGAUAUCCGCGCAGCAUUGGCAACUUCCUGGACUCGAGCCAAUCGCAGAUAUUUCUAAUGCAGCUGCCCGAUGUUUUGCCCUGUGUGAGCGAUGAACCGGAGGAUGCUGAACCACCAAAUGAUGACUCUACGAUGCCACCAUCUGCCAGUGAAACGGAACCAACAAGUCCGGCUGCAGGCAAGUCAACCAAUGCUGCCAAGGGGAGUGUCCUGCGUCUGUUGGAAGAGGGCCAAAUUGGCAAGAUCCUGCGCUAUAGGUCGGGUCGAGUUAAACUCCAACUCGGCGACACACUGUUCGAUCUGGAUAUGGGCCUGGAUCCGGGCUACCUGCAAGAGCUCAUGUCCGUUACGGCGAAUCGAGAACAGCGCAGCGGCAACAUGAUCAAUUUGGGACCAAUCCAAGCCAAGCUUAAGGCCACACCAGAUUGGGUGCAUCUGUUCGAGCAGCAGGAAGCGGCAGCCAAGCGAUCGAAUCCGCUACCGAACACGUAGCACACGGCACCACAAUCCUCCUGCAUCCAAUUCUCCCCAGUAGAUAUGUAAUAUUGUAAAUAGGCUGCGCCUGAUUCUAAGUUAUUUCUAUGCUUAAAUUUCGUAAACAAAUCUUUAAAUAUACAUAGAACUUUGUACUACGGA